ACUACUACUACUACUACUACUACUACUACUACUACUACUACUACUACUACUACUACUACUACUACUACUACUACUACUACUACUACUACUACUACUACUACUACUACUACUACUACUACUACUACUACUACUACUACUACUACUACUACUACUACUACUACUACUACUACUACUACUACUGAAAUGGAAUACAAAAACACUACUACUACUACUACUACUACUACUACUACUACUACUACUACUACUACUACUACUACUACUACUACUACUACUACUACUACUACUACUACUACUACUACUACUACUACUACUACUACUACUACUACUACUACUACUACUACUACUACUACUACUACUACUACUACUACUACUACUACUACUACUACUACUACUACUACUACUACUACUACUACUACUACUACUACUACUACUACUACUACUACUACUACUACUACUACUACUACUACUACUACUACUACUACUACUACUACUACUACUACUACUACUACUACUACUACUACUACUACUACUACUACUACUACUACUACUACUACUACUACUACUACUACUACUACUACUACUACUACUACUACUACUACUACUACUACUACUACUACUACUACUACUACUACUACUACUACUACUACUACUACUACUACUACUACUACUACUACUACUACUACUACUACUACUACUACUACUACUACUACUACUACUACUACUACUACUACUACUACUACUACUACUACUACUACUACUACUACUACUACUACUACUACUACUACUACUACUACUACUACUACUACUACUACUACUACUACUACUACUACUACUACUACUACUACUACUACUACUACUACUACUACUACUACUACUACUACUACUACUACUACUACUACU